AUGGCCGCCGCGUCGUUCGCGCUCGCGCUUCUGCUCUACCUCGGCCUCGACCUCCCCGAGGCUGCGCCGGCGCAGUCCUACGCCGCCGACCCGGAUACCGUCGUCGAGAUAACCUACGGCUCAGUGAUCAAGUUGAUGCAUGAGAGGACCAAGUUUCGGCUGCAUUCUCACGACGUGCCAUAUGGAUCUGGCAGCGGCCAGCAGUCGGUCACCAGCUUCCCCAACAUCGACGACGCCAAUAGCUACUGGAUAGUGAGACCUCAACCAGAUUCAUCUGCAAAACAAGGUGAUCCCAUAACACAUGGAACAACUAUUAGGCUUCAGCAUAUGAGGACUAGAAAGUGGCUACACAGCCACCUGCAUGCUUCCCCCAUCACUGGAAAUCUGGAGGUUAGUUGCUUUGGUGGUGAGAAUGAGUCAGAUACUGGAGACUACUGGAGGCUUGAGGUUGAGGGCAGUGGGAAAACAUGGCGGCAAGACCAGAGAAUUAGGUUGCGGCAUGUUGAUACUGGUGGUUAUCUACACAGCCAUGAUAGGAAGUACACGCGCAUUGCUGGUGGGCAGCAAGAGGUAUGCGGUGUGGGUGACAAACGCCCAGACAACCUCUGGCUGGCAGCUGAGGGUGUCUACCUCCCUGUAAUUCAGCGCAAAUAG